UUGGCGAAUUCGCAAUUUUCAAAUAGUGAUCAAUCGAUAAGAUAUGGCAUGUUAAUGUAUUCGUGACCAGUCACAGUUCAAUGACUAUCGCACUUGCGAACACAUUUUUCGGAGUCGUUUCGCAGAAAGUAAAUAAAAACAAAUUAACAAAAAAGCGCCAAAAAGGAGCAUUAUAUUUUGUAAAACGUGUCAAUGCAGCUGCAAUGGCGACAGCAGAACAUGCCAAAUCAAACAAUGUAAGCCCUUCACCUAAAAUAAAAACAAAAAACACGGAAGCAAAUUCGCCAAGACAGCGCAGACUACAAACAUCGAUGGAACGCUUACAGGUGCAACAGCCAAAUGUAAGUAGACGUUCAGCUGGCACCAAUUGGCAGGCAGCCAUGGGUAAGGGCAGCGAGAAUGAAGAGCAACCAAGUAGUGCAGCCGAAGAGUCCAAAGAACCGCUGACCAAAUCGGCACGCAUGCGCCUGAAACGCAAGGCACAAAACAAUCGCUUUCUGGCAAUGGAUUGUGAAAUGGUGGGCAUAGGUCCUAGUGGUGUCGACGAUAUGUUGGCGCGCGUGUCUGUUGUGAACAGAGUGGGAGAAGUUUUGCUGGAUAAACAUGUUAAGCCACAGGAAGCUGUAACUGAUUACCGCACCAGCGUCUCGGGCAUACGUCCCAGCGAUAUAGCGAAGGGCGAGGACUUUCAAAAGGUGCAAGCUGAGGUGGUCAAGCUAUUACAGGGUAAAAUUUUAGUAGGCCAUGCGCUACGCAAUGAUCUCGCCGUGCUCAAAAUCAAGCAUCCCAUGACACACAUGCGGGACACCUCUCGCUACAAGCCACUUUGCCGAAUUGUCUCCAAUGGCCAUACUCCUAGCCUCAAGCGUCUCACAUUGGCGGUGUUGGGGAUGGAAAUCCAAACCGGCGAGCACGACUCUGUGGAAGAUGCUCGCGCUGCCAUGGGGAUCUACAAUCGCAUAGCCACCGACUGGGAAAAGUACGUGGAAAAGCGGCAGCGCCAAAUGUAAUCUUCGCAGCCUUACACAUAAGCUUAUAUCAAUCAUAUGUAUAUUAAAAAGAUAAUCUGUUGAGUUAAUGUAA